AUGGGUGGCUUAUUAUCUUCUUUUGUAUCUUCACCACACCCUGGUAGAAAACGAGAGCGCAGUCCAGAUGCAGAUGAUGAAAUUCGAGCGCCUUUAAUAAAACGUAUUCGCUCAACCUACGAUCACGUUUAUCGGGAAUUAUUUUCCAAGGGCGAAGGUAGCGACAUCACAAUCUGUGCUCUCGGUCGCGAAUGGCCACUUCAUCGGAUUUAUCUCAUACAGUCGCCAUUUUUCGCCGCUCUCUUUAACGGCGGUUGGAAGGAGAGUGAUGACAGACGGAUCACUCUUAACCUCCUUGACGAAAAUAUUACGCAGGAGUCACUAUACAUCGUUUUCGGCUCCUUUUAUAGCGACAAUAUUUCUCUCACCGACAAAACUGUGGUUGGUAUUCUUGCGGCUGCAACGUGGUUUCAAAUGGAUGAGAUUCGACAUCUUUGUAGCAACUUCCUUUGUCGCCAUGUAAAACUGGAGUCCCUUAUCCAUCUGCAUGCAUUGGCUGCCAAGUACAACCUACCUGAGCUGAAUCAGACUUGCGUUGAUUGGCUGGUGAGAAACCUAACCAUCCUUCCGGAUUGUCCUCCUGUCUUUGAACUGAUGAAAAGAAUCCCAAUUUCCUUGAUGCAACCUGUAGUUAGUUGCCCAAAACUAGUUGUGGUUCAAUUUGAAGAGGAUGUAUUCACAUGUCUUCUAAAGUGGCUCUACCUUAAGCUGAAUCCUGAAAAGCCUUACUGUCGAAGCUCACCAUUGCUCACUGAAGCAUACAAAUACUUCGCCAAAGAUGCUGUAGGAUUUCUGGAAUCAGCUCAGGGAGCAGCCUAUGCACCGGUCUUUCGAGUUAUUCGAUGGGAACAUGUGAUCUCCCACUUUCGUUCCACCUGCCAAAUUAUUCGUGAUGGCAUUGUGCCUCGAUCCUGGCUUCAGAAAGCCUACCAACGCCAGUGGCUUCAGCAGUUGCGAUGUCAUGAUCUCUACCUCGCAGCCAAUGGCACUACUGCUAAUUCCCAUAGCAGUUCUCUCAUUCGAACGCCACAGCUCUCGAGCCUCCUGGCUGCGGCUGGUGGUGAAUCGGCCACCACGGUCGUCACAUCGCGUGAGCGUGGAAUCGCCGGACCGCAAUCCAAUGUAUCGGCCGAGGUGUUCUGGCGUCGCUGUGAACGUCUUGGACGCCGCAUCAAUGAUGGUGAAGUGCCGUGCACUUGGCGGUGGUCAGGAUAUCACUUCGGGGUGGAUUUACUUUUUAAGUAUCGACAUAGAGCCUUCCACGUGGUUCGCCCGACAGAUUCACUACAUUCUGAAGGUGUAGUUUGUACAUCCCGAAAGUACAACGUGAAAAUCGUCCUAACGGUGAUUUGUACAGCUGAUGAAGACUACUCCCCUUCGUCUUUUACCACCGUAGCCAUCGAUAAUGUUGAUAGUGCUCCAGCUUCUUCUCCUACCGCCGUUGAAGCGCUUGAAACGGAAGAAUUAGCGCCGGUCGACGAUGAUGACACCGCCACCACCGCUGGCACUGACACUGCAGAAGGUGUGACUGUCGUCAGUCAUGGAGAUAACGGUGAACGGUGUAGACGUCCACGGAUAUGCACCUCGGAAUUGAAGACCCUUCGAAUGGUGGAGAAUGCGCCUUACGAGUUGCUUCGUCUUCCAGACGACUUCCUAUUUCCCGUCGUAGUGUCAGCCAAUAUUCUUCGAUAUGACCCUUCAGCACCGCGGUAG